CGCUGCCUUCUGCUUCUCUCUCCGCGGGCCCCCCCGCGCCAGACGGCCCGCCCCCGGGGCGCGCUCGCAGACCGAGAUAUGAGGAUCAGUGAUGCAGACUGCUGGGUUCGAUAAAGCUGGGCAUUUAUAACUAGAUUCAUUAAGGAAUACAAAGAAAAUAUCUAAAGGGAUCAAUAAUGGUGUCUUCUGGUUGCAGAAUGCGAAGUCUGUGGUUUGUCAUUGUAAUCAGCUUCUUACCGAAUACAGAAGGUUUCAGCAGAGCAGCUUUACCCUUCGGGUUAGUUAGGCGAGAAUUAUCCUGCGAAGGUUAUUCUAUAGAUCUGCGAUGUCCGGGCAGCGAUGUCAUCAUGAUUGAGAGCGCGAACUAUGGUCGAACAGAUGACAAGAUUUGUGAUGCUGACCCAUUUCAGAUGGAGAAUACAGAUUGCUACCUCCCAGAUGCCUUCAAAAUUAUGACUCAAAGGUGCAACAAUAGAACACAGUGUAUAGUAGUUACUGGGUCAGAUGUAUUUCCUGAUCCGUGUCCUGGAACAUACAAAUACCUUGAAGUCCAGUAUGAAUGUGUCCCUUACAAAGUGGAGCAAAAAGUUUUUGUGUGCCCUGGAACCUUGAAAGCAAUUGUGGAUUCACCGUGUAUAUAUGAAGCUGAACAAAAGGCAGGUGCUUGGUGCAAGGACCCUCUUCAGGCUGCAGAUAAAAUUUAUUUCAUGCCCUGGACUCCCUAUCGUACUGAUACUUUAAUAGAAUAUGCUUCUUUAGAAGAUUUCCAAAACAGCCGCCAAACAACAACGUACAAACUUCCAAAUCGAGUAGAUGGUACUGGAUUUGUGGUAUACGAUGGUGCUGUCUUCUUUAACAAAGAGAGAACGAGGAAUAUUGUGAAAUUUGACUUGAGGACUAGAAUUAAGAGUGGAGAGGCCAUAAUUAACUAUGCCAACUAUCAUGAUACCUCACCAUAUAGAUGGGGAGGAAAGACUGAUAUCGACCUAGCAGUUGAUGAAAAUGGCUUAUGGGUCAUUUAUGCCACUGAACAGAACAAUGGGAUGAUAGUUAUUAGCCAACUAAAUCCAUACACUCUUCGAUUUGAAGCAACGUGGGAGACUGUGUAUGACAAACGUGCUGCAUCAAAUGCUUUUAUGAUCUGUGGAGUCCUUUAUGUGGUCAGGUCAGUGUAUCAAGAUAAUGAGAGCGAAACAGGCAAGAAUGCAAUUGAUUACAUUUACAAUACCCGAUUAAACCGAGGAGAAUAUGUAGAUGUUCCUUUCCCCAACCAAUACCAGUACAUUGCUGCAGUGGAUUACAAUCCUAGAGACAACCAACUCUACGUGUGGAACAAUAACUUCAUUUUACGGUACUCUCUGGAGUUUGGUCCACCGGAUCCUGCCCAAGUGCCUACCACAGCUGUGACAAUAACUUCUUCAGCUGAGCUGUUCAAAACCACAGUACCAACCACAAGCACUACUUCACAGAAAGUCCCCAUGAGCACAACUGUAGCUGGAUCACAGGAAGGAAGCAAAGGGACAAAACCACCUCCAGCAGUUUCUACAACCAAAAUUCCUCCUGUAACAAAUAUUUUUCCCCUGCCAGAGAGAUUCUGCGAGGCAUUAGACGCGAGGGGGAUAAAGUGGCCUCAGACACAAAGGGGAAUGAUGGUUGAACGACCAUGUCCCAAGGGAACAAGAGGAACUGCCUCCUAUCUCUGCAUGGUUUCCACUGGAACAUGGAACCCUAAGGGCCCCGAUCUUAGUAACUGUACCUCACACUGGGUAAAUCAGCUGGCUCAGAAGAUCAGAAGUGGAGAAAACGCGGCUAGUCUUGCCAAUGAACUGGCUAAACAUACCAAAGGCCCGGUGUUCGCUGGAGAUGUGAGUUCUUCUGUGAGAUUGAUGGAGCAGUUGGUGGACAUUCUUGACGCACAGCUGCAGGAACUGAAGCCCAGUGAGAAGGAUUCCGCUGGACGGAGUUAUAACAAGCUCCAAAAACGAGAGAAGACAUGCAGGGCUUACCUUAAGGCAAUUGUCGACACAGUGGACAAUCUCCUGAGACCUGAAGCUUUGGAAUCAUGGAAACACAUGAACUCUUCUGAACAAGCGCACACAGCAACAAUGUUACUCGAUACAUUGGAAGAAGGUGCCUUUGUCCUCGCGGACAAUCUUGUAGAACCAACCAGGGUCUCAAUGCCCACAGAAAAUAUUGUUCUGGAAGUUGCUGUGCUCAGUACAGAAGGACAGGUUCAGGACUUUAAGUUUCCUCUGGGCAUCAAAGGAGCAGGCAGUUCAAUCCAACUUUCUGCAAAUACUGUCAAACAGAACAGCAGGAACGGGCUUGCAAAGUUGGUGUUCAUCAUUUACCGGAGUUUGGGACAGUUCCUAAGUACAGAAAACGCAACCAUUAAACUGGGGGCUGACUUUAUUGGUCGGAAUAGCACCAUUGCAGUGAAUUCCCACGUCAUUUCAGUUUCAAUCAACAAAGAAUCCAGCCGAGUAUACUUGACAGAUCCUGUGCUUUUUACCCUGCCACACAUUGAUCCUGACAAUUAUUUCAAUGCAAACUGCUCCUUCUGGAACUACUCAGAGAGAACUAUGAUGGGAUAUUGGUCUACCCAGGGCUGCAAGCUGGUUGACACUAAUAAAACUCGUACGACGUGUGCAUGCAGCCACCUAACCAAUUUUGCAAUUCUCAUGGCCCACAGGGAAAUUGCAUAUAAAGAUGGAGUUCACGAAUUACUCCUUACAGUCAUCACCUGGGUGGGAAUUGUCAUUUCUCUUGUUUGCCUGGCUAUAUGCAUCUUCACCUUCUGCUUUUUCCGUGGUCUACAGAGUGACCGCAAUACUAUUCACAAGAACCUUUGUAUCAACCUUUUCAUUGCGGAAUUUAUUUUCCUAAUAGGCAUUGACAAGACGAAAUAUAUGAUUGCUUGUCCAAUAUUUGCAGGACUUCUACACUUUUUCUUUUUGGCCGCUUUUGCGUGGAUGUGCCUAGAAGGUGUACAACUCUAUCUAAUGUUAGUUGAAGUUUUUGAAAGUGAAUAUUCAAGGAAGAAAUAUUAUUAUGUUGCCGGUUACUUGUUUCCUGCCACAGUGGUUGGAGUUUCAGCUGCUAUUGACUAUAAGAGCUAUGGAACAGAAAAAGCUUGCUGGCUUCACGUUGAUAACUACUUUAUAUGGAGUUUCAUUGGACCAGUUACCUUCAUUAUUCUGCUAAAUAUUAUCUUCCUGGUGAUCACAUUAUGCAAAAUGGUGAAGCACUCAAACACUUUGAAACCAGAUUCUAGCAGGUUGGAAAACAUUAAUAAUUACCGUGUUUGUGAUGGCUACUAUAAUACGGACUUACCUGGGUCUUGGGUGCUUGGCGCUUUUGCUCUUCUAUGUCUUCUUGGCCUAACCUGGUCAUUUGGGUUGCUUUUUAUUAAUGAGGAGACUAUUGUGAUGGCAUAUCUCUUCACCAUCUUUAAUGCUUUCCAGGGAGUGUUCAUUUUCAUCUUUCACUGUGCGCUCCAAAAGAAAGUACGCAAGGAAUACGGCAAGUGCUUCAGACACUCCUAUUGCUGCGGCGGCCUCCCAACCGAGAGCCCCCACAGUUCCGUGAAGGCGUCAACCACCAGAACCAGUGCUCGCUACUCCUCUGGCACUCAGAGUCGUAUAAGAAGGAUGUGGAAUGACACUGUGAGAAAACAGUCUGAAUCUUCUUUUAUCUCAGGUGACAUCAAUAGCACUUCAACACUUAAUCAAGGAAUGACUGGCAAUUACCUACUAACAAACCCUCUUCUUCGACCCCACGGCACUAACAACCCCUAUAACACAUUGCUCGCUGAAACAGUUGUAUGUAAUGCCCCUUCAGCUCCUGUAUUUAACUCACCAGGACAUUCACUGAACAAUGCCAGGGAUACAAGUGCCAUGGAUACUCUACCGCUAAAUGGUAAUUUUAACAACAGCUACUCACUGCGCAAGGGGGACUAUAAUGACAGCGUGCAGGUCGUGGACUGUGGACUAAGUCUGAAUGACGCUGCCUUUGAGAAGAUGAUCAUUUCAGAAUUAGUGCACAACAACCUUCGGGGCGGCGGCAAGACCCACAACCUUGAGCUCGCCUUACCAGUCAAGCCUGUGAUUGGCGGAAGCAGCAGCGAAGACGACGCCAUCGUGGCGGACGCUUCGUCUUUGAUGCACAGCGACAACCCAGGGCUGGAGCUCCAUCACAAGGAGCUCGAGGCCCCGCUCAUCCCCCAGCGGACUCACUCCCUUCUGUACCAGCCCCAGAAGAAAGUGAAGCCCCAGGGGACUGACAGCUACGUCUCCCAGCUGACAGCCGAGGCUGAGGACCACCUGCAGUCCCCCAACAGGGACUCUCUCUACACAAGCAUGCCCAAUCUCAGAGACUCUCCCUACCAGGAGAGCAGCCCCGACAUGGAAGAAGACCUGUCUCCCUCCAGGAGGAGUGAGAACGAGGACAUUUACUAUAAAAGCAUGCCAAAUCUCGGAGCUGGCCAUCAGCUUCAGAUGUGUUAUCAGAUCAGCAGGGGCAAUAGUGAUGGUUACAUAAUCCCCAUUAACAAGGAAGGGUGUAUUCCUGAAGGAGACGUUAGAGAAGGACAAAUGCAGCUGGUAACGAGUCUUUGAUAGUGCAGCCAAGGGGUCCCGGGGCCACAGGCAAGUGUUGUUGAAGACUCGGCUGGCCCGCGCAGCGCCUCCGACUCUGCAGGAAGAGACGGCUCUGUGACCUGUGGGUCUCCAGUGUAAAAAGAUGACUGAACCUCGAAGUUCUGUGAAUUUUUAUAAAACGUACAAAAACUUUGUAUAUACACAGAGUAUACGAAAAUGAUUAUUUGUUACAGAGAAAAGAGAUGCCAACCAGGUAUUUUAAGAUUCUGCUGCUGUUUAGAGAAAUUGUGAAGCAAGCAAAACAAAACUUUCCAGCCAUUUUACCGCAGCAGUCUGUGAACUAAAUUUGUAAAUACGGCUGCACCGUUUUUGUAGGCCUGCAUUGUAUUAUAUACAAGACGUAGGCUUUAAAAUCCUGUGGGACAAAUUUACUGUACCUUACUGUUCCUGACAAGACUUGGAAAAGCAGGAGAGAGAUUCUGCGUCAGUUUGCAGCUCACUGCAAAUCUUUUACAUUAAGGCAAAGAUUGAAAACAUGUUUAACCACUAGCAAUCAAGCCACAGGCCUUAUUUCAUAUGCUUUCCUCAACUGUACAAUGAACUAUUCUCAUGAAAAACGGCUAAAGAAAUUAUAUUUUGUUCUAUUGCUAGGGUAAAAUAAAUACAUUUGUGUCCAACGGAAAUAUAAUUGUCAUUAAAAUAAUUUUAAAGAGUUUGAAGAAAAUAUUGUGAAAAGCUCUUGGUUGCACAUAUGUUAUGAAAUGUUCUUUCUUACACUCUGUCAUGGUAAGUUCUACCCAUUUUCACUUAUUUUCCACUGUACACAGUGUUCUGCUUUGACGAGUUCGUCUUUAUUCUUACAUUUAAAUUUCUUAUUGCCAAAAGAACGCGUUCUGUGGGGGGAAAGAAAACUCUUUGAAGCCAGUUACGCCAUGCCUUGCACAAAUGUGGUGAAAUCUAGAAAAGGGUGUGUGUUCCCCCUCUGUUUAUUCUUGAACAGAGGGCAGUGAGGGCACUGGGCACUUCUCACAAACUUCCUAGUGAACAAAAGGUGCCUAUUCUUUUUUAAAAAAUAAAAUAAAACCUAAAUAUUACUCUUCCAUAUUCCUUCUGCCUAUAUUUAGUAAUUAAUUUAUUUUAUGAUAAAGUUCUAAUGAAAUGUAAAUUGUUUCAGCAAAAUUCUGCUUUUCUUUUCAUCCCUUUGUGUAAACCUGUUAAUAAUGAGCCCAUCACUAAUAUCCAGUGUAAAGUUUAACACGGUUUGACAGUAAAUAAAUGUGAAUUUUUUUCAAGUA